CGGACUAAAUUGUUCCGACUGCCGAGGACACAGGUGAACCGGUUCCUCUGAAGACUGUAGAAAAGAGUGGGGGUGGGGGAUCUUUUCGAUGGUAAUUGCUCGCUUUUCUAAAUCGACGAGAUCUCCGUUUCCUCCAUCGCAUCGUCGCCGGUAAUUGCUUCCAAAGGUGGUGAUGGUAAUUGAAAAGGUGUGAGGCGGGAUCUUUUUGAGUGAAGAAGAAUGGUGUUGGUUUUAGCGUUAGGUGAUCUUCACAUCCCUCACAGGGCACCUGACCUGCCGGCAAAGUUCAAGUCCAUGCUUGUCCCAGGGAAAAUCCAGCACACCAUAUGUACCGGAAAUUUAUGCAUCAAGGAAGUUCAUGACUACUUGAAAAGCCUGUGUCCUGAUUUGCAUGUUACUCGAGGUGAAUAUGAUGAGGAAUCUCAUUAUCCAGAGACCGAGACUCUUACCAUUGGUCAGUUCAAGGUUGGGCUGUGUCAUGGCCAUCAGAUCAUACCAUGGGGUGACUUGGAUUCCUUAGCGAUGCUUCAGAGGCAAUUGGAUGUUGACAUCCUUGUGACAGGCCACACUCAUCAGUUCAAGGCCUACAAGCAUGAGGGUGGUGUCGUCGUAAACCCAGGCUCUGCAACUGGUGCCUAUAGCAGCAUCACCUAUGAUGUCAACCCAAGCUUUGUGCUUAUGGACAUUGAUGGACUCCGAGUUGUGGUGUAUGUCUAUGAGCUAAUUGAUGGAGAGGUGAAGGUCGACAAGAUUGACUUUAAGAAGACCACGACACCCCAUGCUCCUCACUAAAAUUCUAUCACCCAAUAAUUCAUCCGAAUCUGAAUAUUUUGGACAUACAUUUGGAGUUUUAUGUUUUUUGAUAAUUGCUGUAGAGUGGUGCUUAGCAUCUGAGCAACAGAGCUAGGUCUUUACAUUGUUAAUGCUAAAGGGGAUUUUUUGUGGGUGAUUGUUUGAGUGCUUGAAAAUUCUCAUGGCCUUUUUAGA